GGGGCAGGAAGUGGAGCGCAAGAGAAGGAGAAAGUCCACUCCAUGACAUUCCUGAGUCAGAAUGGCUGAAACGCAACAUGAAGGGGAGCUGCUGCCUGAGGAUGUCGGCUCAGACGACUGCCUGUCUUCAUACACUCACAUUUACAGCCCUGAUUUACUGAAAAAUCAAGUGGCUUUUAUCACAGGUGGUGGAUCCGGAAUUGGAUUAAGGAUUGCAGAGAUCUUCAUGAGGCAUGGGUGUGACACGGUAAUUGCCAGCAGGAAUAUGGAAAAGCUAACAGAGGCAGCAAAGAAGUUGUCUGACGUAUCUGGACGAAAAUGCCUUCCUUUGUGUAUCGAUGUGAGAAAGCCAGAGACUAUUGCAAAUGCAGUGGACGAAACACUGAACGAAUUUGGCCGUCUGGACAUCCUCGUCAAUAACGCUGCUGGUAACUUCUUGUGUCCAGCCUCAGCUCUCUCCUUCAAUGCUUUCAAGACUGUUCUGGAGAUAGACACCAUUGGAACAUUCAACGCUAGCAAAGUGGUGUUCGAUAAGUGGUUCAAGGAUCAUGGCGGCAACAUUGUCAACAUCUCUGCCACACUUGCAUACAAGGGCCAAGCCCUCCAGGUGCAUGCUGGCUCUGCCAAGGCUGCAAAUGAUGCCAUGACGAAGCACUUAGCGGUGGAGUGGGGACCCAGUGGGGUGAGGGUGAAUGCUGUGGCACCAGGCCCAAUAUCUGGCACUGAAGGCUUCCGUCGACUCGGUGGCCCUAGAGCUGAGUCGACACAUGUGUUCCAGUCUAUUCCAUUGCAGCGAGCAGGCAACAAGACGGAAAUGGCCCACUGCACGCUUUUCUUGGCAAGUCGGGCCUCAUCAUAUGUCACUGGGGCGAUCCUGGUGGCGGAUGGAGGAUCAUGGCUGACUUCCUCCAACGACUUCUCCUCGAUGUUGGGUAUACUAUCCUCUAAAUCGGCUAAACUGUGAAAAUGGGUCACCUGUCCUCCUGCUGACCCAGGGGUUUGGUCAUCUGAAGGGAAAAGAGACAAGUGAUUGGGGUAAAUGAGGGAAUAAUUUACAAACUAGGCUAGAAAGUAUUUGGCAGUUUUGCUAUUGAACUUGAAAGUAGGUUAUUGAGAGUGACAGAGAAACGUUUCAAUAAUAUAAGAGUAUAAGCUGUAAAUGUUGUUUUCCCCUGAACUAGUGCAGUUAAAUACAAGCUCCAUUAAUUGUGUUAUUGAACCAUUCUUUUAAUAAAAAGUGUUGA